GUUUUAUUCUCAAGCGUAUAGGGUGGGUUUCUUUUAAUUGCGGGCAUCGAGUUUCCUGAAGCCAUAUAUAAAUUCGGUCCGAUCCGGUCGUUGAAACAAAGUGCGCUCGCCGGGCAUUUUUCCCUGACAGGAGGCGGCGAGCGAGAGAUGCGGGUCCCGUCGACAAAUGUCAGAGGGCUGCCUCCGUCUUACCACCCUUCGACGGCGCGAGGAUGGAUUGGCGUAACGAGGAGUCGGAUCAGUCGAGCGGUACAUCGAGUCGAGAACCUGAAGUGGGAUGAGAACGAUCAUCCCGCGGCCAGGACGCAGGAUGCUGUCGCCGCCGCCGUUCUGGACCGUAACGUUUGUUCCCAAGGAAUUCAGGUUGGAAUGGGAGUUUGCAAGGACAUUGGGAAUUUCACGUCCGCUUUAGAGAAUCUAGAGCUCGAAACGAAGGAUCAUCCAGGCUUCAGAACAAAUGACAUGCAGACGGAUUACUUCAAUGAUUCCGAGCAGGAGGAAACUGUUCCGGUUUUCAAGACGAGAGAAAAAUCUACUUUUCAAUUGGUAGUCCAGGGACCGGAAAUUCUAAUUUUCCAGGGCAUCAGGCAUUCACCCGCGGAUAUCGCGCCCUAUUGGAAGAAGGACUCUCGAAUGUGGCUGUGGAAGUCGGUCAGGCUCGCGAGAAGGUUGAAGAGAAUCAAAGCGAAGGCUGCUCCCGGGAGCGCUUUGUAUCGCGAGGAUUUUUCAUAGCGUACACUUUUAUUCGACUAUGUACAUACUAAUUUUUGAAUUAUUUUAUUUUAUUUUUUUUUACAUUUGAAUACAUUUUAACAUUCAAAUAAUGUUGCUGACUUGCGUGAGAUAGUCUUUAUAUUUUUUUCGUAUUUAUCGAAAAAAAUUAUUAAAAUAAUAAAAAAGAGACAUUAAAGAGGA